GAGCGUCUGCAGCGUUCUGCGGUCCGUGCCUGCGACAGGAAACAUCUGUCGGCGGCGGCGCAUCUGUGUGCUGUGUGUUUUGGUUCGUUUCGAACAAGGGACUGCUCCAAGAAGAGAAGUGCGUUUCCUCUCACGUGCGUGGUGUGCGCGUCUCUUUUUCUCUCACGGCAUGAUGCGCGCGGCUGCCGCGGGAUUCGGAUGGAGCAGCGCGUCUGACGCCGAGACGGCGACGACGUCGUGCGGUGCCAGCGGUGGUCGCCGAGGCGGCGGAUCGUCGACGUCUUCGACCUCGGCCCAGCAGCGUGACGCCGCCGACCAGCGCGCCAAGGCGAUGCUUCGCGAGGCGGUGGACGCCGUGGUGGAGAGCUUCGCCCGAGGCCCCCAGGGCUGCAGCCGAGUGAAUGUGGUGGAGGCCCUGCAAGAGUUCUGGCAGAUGAAGCGUCCCGGCGAGCCGGUGACGUACGAGCUCGUUCCUUCGUGCAGCCCCCCAUAUGUGUGCUACGUUACGCUGCCGGGGGGCAGCUGCUUUGGAAGCUUUCAGAAUUGUCCGACCAAAGCAGAGGCCCGUCGCAGCGCAGCCAAAAUUGCCUUGGUCAACUCGGUGUUCAAUGAGCACCCCAGUCGCCGCAUCUCGGAUGAAUUUGUGGCCCAAGCAGUGCACGAUGCCAAGGCCUCGUUUGCUUCACCUUCUGGCCCACCCACGAUGCAGGGAAGCCAGGGCGUGGAGGCGUUCCGCUUCAUGCUUGAAGCAAACAGAGGGCGCACCAUGCUCGAGUUUCAGGAGCUGAUGAGCGUCUUCCAGCUGCUGCACUGGAAUGGCUCGCUGAAGGCAAUGCGCAAGCGCCAGUGCUCGCGCCAAGAGGUGCUUGCGCACUACUCUCGCCGGCCGCUUGACGACGAGCUGCGCACCCAGAUGGCGCUCGACUGGGCAGCACGCGAACGCCAGCUGGGGCCGCCGGGUCGCGUAGCGGCCGAGGCGGCGGCCGCUCGUGCCGAGCUCGAAGCGGCACGCCUCGCCGGUCGCGAGUUGCGCUUUCCACUCGAGAAGCAGCGCAUCCUGGCGAUGGCGGCACGCAUGAGUAGCGAUGGCCCGGCCGUACUGUCGAGCCCUUGAUUGGGGAGCCUGUGACGGCUUGCACUUAAUUCAAGAUAGAGAGAGUGACUUCAGCUGGACUGUGCAUUCAUUCCCCGUGCUGCUUGCACUGUUCGUCGAUGUAGGGGGGCCAUCAAAGUGCCAAACGACCCCUAGUUUCUAAGCGUGGGCAGCAGCAGGAACCACAACUGCCUUCUGCUGGCUAGUGGCACCCGACAGCCCUCUUCUCAUUGAAGGGCUGAAGUGUUGUCUGAUCUCCACUGCCAAUCACCCGAUGCAGCGUCGUCCCUGGUGUGAAGCUGGUUAGUGAAUGCCGCCAUCUUGUUCGUUUAUGUGCCUUUUAGCUUUUACUUAUCAAUGAGCUGUGGUUGCUAUAGGGGUUGGUUGUGGGCUUGUGAUGAGCUUUAGUACCCCUCUUUUUUUUAUGUCUGUGUCCCACAUCAUUGCAGAAGACUUAGUAAAAAAUGGUGAGUGUCUGCAUUUAGAAAGCUCGAUACAGAACAGACAAAAAGAACAAAUGUUGUCAUUGCCUAAUUUUACGGAGUCUGAACAUCCUAUGUGAUUUAAUGUCUACAUUCAAGUACACACGUGUUCAAAAUGGGCUAAGGUGAGAGAGGAUACACCGCUUGCUUAAGUUAUCUGCCACAGUUGUAUUGAGACACAUGCAAGAAGGUAUGCUUCGUACUGGUCAUGUUUGCAGUAGUAUCCUUUAAACUGUUCGUUUUAUUGAUCAUAUUCAGCCAAGCUUUGGAAUCUAGACCUGUUACCAUCUAGUAACUAGCUUGGCCAUCUUGCAAACUUCAGCGGAUGGAAACAACUUCAAGUGCCCCACAAUAAGUGCCUCAUGUAGCUAAGUGCCAACAGAAUCAUCAAAUCCGAACAAUCUUAAGCUAGGAAUCCACUAAUGCAACCACUUAUUUUCUUGUAUUUCAUGUGCCAACUCAAAUGUGGUGAACCUUGCUAUCUAAAGCAGACUAAGUAAGGCUACACCUCAUCGCACCAGCUUGACGCAGGGCUCUGGAGGCAAGAGUUUAUGUUGGCCGAUUGGAAGCAAGAGUGAGAAUGGGAGAGGGCUCGUCUGUUUAUUAAUGUCAUUAACUCU